CAUAUUGGACUUGCUCUGACUCCCAAAUUUUACCUUCACCACUUCCUCGUUGCUAGUUAGGGCUCGAGAAGAAACGUCACUGUACAACUGAGUUAGGGUUAGGGUUUGGAGAGAAUCAAAUAAUUGAGUGAAUGGGGUCUCGAGCUAAGAAGAGAACCAGGGUUCUUGAAACUGAAGUAGAUAGACUCAGCAGCUUGCCUGAUGAUCUGAUUCACAAAAUCCUCUCGUUUCUUGAUGCAAAAGAAGCACUUCAAACCAGCGUUCUCUCGAAAAGAUGGAAGCUUGUGUGGACAACUCUCCCUUUUCUCAAUUUCGGUGAGUAUGAACACUCUUCAUCUUGGAACACAUCUGGCUUUAUCAACCAUGUUAUGAAACACAGGUACCGUCAAUCUCAUAUCUAUCAACUGAGUUUAUGUGUUUCAAAGAAUAGACUUACAAAAGGUUUGCCUCGAAAGUUUAUUGCUCAUGCAAUCUCGCGCAAUCUCGAAAACCUAAGUAUUGAGUUGAAAUAUAAACAUAUGCCUUAUAAGUUAUCCACUUUAAGCUCUAGGUUGAUAAAGAAACUUACUCUGGGAGUCAAACUUGAAGACUUUGCUUCCGAAUCAGAUCGCUGGGAUCUACCUGCUUUAACAUAUCUUCGCUUGAAACGCCCAGGUUUGAAUGGUAAUCACAAUUUACCCGACUCAUGUUUGACUUGCUUGCCUGCUUUAAGAACACUGUGUCUUGAUAAUUGGGAUUUUUCAAAAUCGUCGUUUUCUUUUAGUUUGCCGGAUUUAACAACUCUCCGUUUGUCUGGGUGUACUAGAGUCUCUCGAAGAGAUUGGAACUUCCCAGCUUUAUUAAGUCUAGAGCUAGAUAAUGUAGUUCUUACGUGGAGUUGUAUGUACAAACUUGUUAAGCUACAGAAUCUUACAUUAACAUCGGUGGAGAUACCAGGAAACCUUACAUUUUCUUUUCCUCAAUUGCUCAGCCUUGAUAUUGAAACCCGCUACUCUGAUUCUAGAGUUUGGAUUGAACUUUCUGCACCAAAACUCUACAAUUUUAGGUCUGUUGGUAUCUUUUCUUUGUGGCUUGAGGCUCCUGUGUUGGAAAAUGCGAACAUGAAGUUACAGGGUUGGUUUGGGAAUUUGGAAUGGAUAUACAGAAAGCAAUAUUAUCGAAGGUUCCAAGAUAUGCUUUCACAACUUGGUAAUGCCAAAAAUCUUACUUUUGACUUGGAGAGCAUCGAGGCACCCUCUAUGAUUUCCGACAACUUCGCCGGUAAACCUUCUCCAUUCUGUAACUUGAAGUGUGUGAAGUUACCGCAUGAAUGUAAUGAAUCAAGUAUACCCGGUGCUCUUAGAAGCUACUUAAUUGGCGGCUCUUCAGUAGGGACCAUUGUCACAGCAUUUCCUCGGGACACGAUUCCUUGCACAGAAGCAGUUUCCAUGAUAGCUCAAAAUUCUGUGCUAAAAGAGCCCUUGGCAGCUCCUGCCAAGGAGGUUGAUGAUACUCAGCAAAAUAUUCACUGGACUAAGACGAUCGAUGUAGACAUGCAUGUGCAAGAAGAGCCUUUUGUAGAAGAUUCUGUUUGAGAUGCUGACAGGGUGAGAGAUAUUAAUUCUUUACUUGUAGAGACAGGCAAAGAUCCAGGGAACUCUUCAGCGGGGAAUCAAGAUUUUGGAUUAUGGCGGGGACAUAAACUCAAUUCUGAGUUUGUAUGCUUACUCAAUCGCAUUAUGCUCAAAUACCCAGAAACCUUUGAGAACUUCACCAAGAAAAACAUGAAAUUAUGUGCAAUGAAUUUGAAAAUGUUGUGCACCUCAAUUGAUGAAUUUACCAAAAUAUCUAUGACCGAGGUUAACUCUGAGAUGCUUGUCGAGUACAGGGAUGCCUUUGCUUACUUGCAGAAUAAGGGAUUCAAUCUAAGUUGGCUGGUGAGCCGACUAGAUUAUAUUGAGCAUCUCCUCUUUUCGAAGCCCCUGAUUCCCGAGCUCUAUGCAAUUGAUUGCCGUAUUGACGAUGGCAAAAGUAAACUGCAAGAUCUGCAGGCUUGUGUUAAAAAUGCCAGAAUUAAACUACAAAAUCUGCUGGCUCGUGUUGAUGAUGCAAAAACUGAAUUGCAAGAUGUGCAAACUCUUCGCGGGGAGAAGUUGACAGAAAUUGAGAAGGCUUUUGGAACUUUGGGUACUAACCUAGCUGUAGGUUUCAUUGCAGGUGAUCUAUUGUCUAAUCCUUAACUUUCAUGGAUUAGUUGUAGGUUUCAUGGUGCCUCAUCCAGUCUUGAAGUUAUUAUUAGGUACUUGAAGGUAUCAUUGAUCAACUAUCCAUUUUGUAUUACACCGCUUUUGUGUUUGGUUUCAAACUAAUUGUCAUGGAAGUGUUGAAAUGCUUGUAGCAUAAUCUAUCAAGUUGUUUGAUCUAAUUCUGAAAAGAUGCCUAGAAACUUUUUCUUUGAGCAGUUC